AGUUCGACUGUGAUCAGAGUCCAACCCUUUUGUUCCAACGGUAACUCGAGAAACUCGCUCCAAUGAUCCAAUAAUUGAGCCUCAAUUAUCAGAUCUACGUACGACUCGUCGAUCCCCCCUUGGACCACCUCCCCACUUCUCUUCGCUUCAUCUCCCACCAUCAUCGACCAUGGCGACCGGAAACCUCGGGUGCGUCGUCGUCGCCGUCGACGAUAGCGAGGUGAGCAUGGAGGCUCUCCGAUGGGCCCUUGACAACCUCCGCCUCCGCCCCGGCGGCGCCGCGGCCUCCUCCGUCGCCGGAGAAGCCGCCGCCGCCGAGGAGCCCGGCGUCUUCGUCGUCCUCCACGUCCAGCCCCCUCCCUCCAUCGUCGCCGGCGUUAACCCCGGCUCAAUCCCCUUCGGCGGCCCGAGUCACGUGGAGGUCCCCGCUUUCACAGCAGCGAUUGAGGCGCAUCAACGGCGCAUUACGGAGGCGAUCAUGGAUCACGCUCUUAAGAUAUGCGCCGAGAAAAAUGUGGGUGUAAAAACUGAAGUGGUGGUGGGUGAUCCAAAGGAGAAGAUAUGCGAGGCCACCGCUAGAUUGAAUGCCGAUUUACUUGUGAUGGGAUGUCGGUCUUUUGGCCCGAUCACAAGGAUGUUCCUGGGAAGCGUAAGCAACUACUGUAUCAAUCAUGUGAGUUGUCCAGUUAUUGUGAUAAAGGGUACCUAAAUUCUUUUUUGAAGACCUGAAUUCUUUUCCUCGUCUGUGUUUGUUCUUGUAUCAUCAUCUUAAGUGUGCCUGGUGAUAGGUCAUACUGACCGAUUAUGUGGUUAUUUCUACUACAUUUAUUUCUGUGUUGUGACAACAACAUACCUCGGGGUUUGAGGGUAAAUUUUUUCUAUUGAGUUCAUCGAGAAACAUUUGUAAAGCACAUAUUCCAUUGGUAUUUCUAUAUUUACUCUGUAAUAAAAGGAUAUGUGUGCAUGGACUGCAUACCUUGUUUGCUUUCUCUCUUCUGUUAUAUGUAUCUGCAUGUUGAAA